UCCACAGCAGCUUUUAUCUUCAAACACUAGCCUCCCGUACCUUCCUUCCCACAUCUCUCUAUCUAGAUCUCAAAAACUUAACUAGCUUUCAUGGGUUCCAGAAAAGGCGGUGACAACGAUGGCGCUAGCCCUGGGAAAAUCUUCGUUGGAGGCUUAGCUAAGGACACAACUCUAGAUACAUUUACCAAGUACUUUGAAAAGUAUGGGGAGAUAACAGAUUUUGUUAUAAUGAAAGAUCGACAUACGGGGCGGCCCCGUGGUUUCGGGUUCAUCACCUUCGCGGAUCCUUCUGUUGUUGACACUGUUAUGCAAGAAGAUCAUGUUAUUAAUGGGAAACAAGUUGAGAUUAAAAGGACUAUUCCAAAAGGUUCUUCCUGGUCAAAUGACUUCAGGACAAAGAAAAUAUUUGUUGGUGGGAUUCCAACAUCAGUUACUGAAGAUGAGUUCAAGAAUUUCUUCUCAAAGUAUGGAAAGGUGGUGGAACAUGAGAUAAUACGUGAUCAUGCUGUCGCAACCGUCUUUCCAAAUGAAGAACACGCCGCCGUAAAAUCCCAGAAAUGGCCACACGCCGCCUCGCCGGCCGCCGUUGGUCGGCGCCGGCCACCGAUCAUCGGCGGCAAACCCAUAAAAAAUUGGUUUUUCUGA